CAGCGCCUCUGCCCGCACGCGAAAAUCCUCACGCCUAUAAAGCCCUGCCCCCCCUCACCUAGGGUUUCCUCUUCCCUCUUACAGCCGCCGCCGCAUCUCCCAGCCUCCCCGCGCUCGCCUCCGUCGCCGCUGCCGCCGCCGUUUCGCAGCCAUGGGUAAGGUGCACGGAUCGUUGGCCCGUGCCGGGAAGGUCCGCGGGCAGACGCCCAAGGUGGCGAAGCAGGACAAGAAGAAGAAGCCCCGCGGCCGCGCCCACAAGAGGAUGCAGUACAACCGGCGCUUCGUCACCGCCGUCGUCGGCUUCGGCAAGAAGCGCGGGCCCAACUCCUCGGAGAAGUAGGCGCCGCGAUGCGACGCCGUUCGGCUCGUACCGGUUCCUCACCCUUUCCGCUCUCAGUUUGCUUAUGCUCUUGCUGGUAGUAGUUUCGUUGUGCAAGCAGAGGAAGAACCUUUUGUAGUUUCAGCUUCGUUGUUCGUGUGAUGAGAUGGGAACUCGAGAUUAUAUAUGUCCCUCGUUAUUAAGAAUUUGAGAUAUGAUGAUAUGAGCCAAUGACUUUAUUUUGCUUC